CACACAAUUUUUAGAAACCAGGCAACUAACAGUCAAACACAAUUAUAAUAAAAACAAUAUUAGAUAUUGCUUCAAAUUUCUAAAAUAAAAAAUGAUAAAAAUUCGCAAUACUUCAUACAAACCAAAUCUCGAACAUGAAGGUAAAUUUCUAUUACCAUUACCUUCUCCACCACCGCCAUCAACCAAAGGAAUAUGGUUCACGGAACUUAAACCUCACGAACGUUUAUUUUUCCAUCAAACAUUGAAUUCGGUUCGAAAAAGUAGACGCUAUAGCCCAAAUCCGAAUAUACCAUUCGAUAAUUUAGAUUUUAAUCUACAAUCAAGAUAUCAUCAUGCAAAAGAAUUAUUUCCUGAAAAAGUCGAUACCGUACUUCAAAAAGAAACUGUAUGUGUGGAGACUUUUCGUGUACUUAGAAACACAAAAGAUGUCAUCAUCAAGAAACCAGAUCCAUUGGGACAUCCAUUGAGAAUUAGUGGUAUAAAAGAAAAAAUCUCUCCACAUAGUGUUAAGUUAAUUAAUAGUGGACAUCGUACUCAACUUACUAAUAAUGGAUUUUCAAGACAACCAGCUGAUGGAAAUUUCUUCCACUACUAAUUCAGAAAAAACAAAAAUUCAACAUCGAAUAAAUUUGUUUAUUUGUAAAAAAUAUCAAAUACAAAAUAUAGACACUUUAUGAAGAAGGUUCUUCUUCCAGUUUUAAA